GCAUGCAUCACAUGAUUGCCUCGUGCAGUGACGUAAUGUCCAAACAAGUACAGUAGUACAACGGUCAGUGCAGUGACAAGUGCAUACUGCUCGAGCUCAUUGAACGCUAUUAGCGAACGAAAGAGAAAGAGAUGUCUCAAAGCGUAAAAAAGCUCACUGGUCUCGUGGCAGCUACAUUCACACCACUUACCGCAGAAGGGGAGAUUAAUCUCUCUGUAAUUGGACCAUACAUUGAAUACCUAAUAGAAAAACAGAAUGUCAAGAGUGUGUUUGUUAACGGCACAACAGGUGAGGGCUGUUCUCUAACUGUGGACGAAAGGAAGCAGCUUGCAGCAGCUUGGUGCCAACAUGGAAAGGGCAAGCUUGAGCAAGUGGUUGUUCAUGUUGGCUGCAUGAGUAUAAAAGACUCUCAAGAACUGGCUCGGCAUGCCGCCAGUAUAGGGGCCGAUGCCAUAGCAGUAAUCUCUCCUUCCUAUUUCAAACCCAUUAAUGCAGAAGCAUUGAGGUUGUUUAUAAAAGAAGUGAGCGCCUCUGCUCCAGAUCUUCCGAUGUAUUAUUAUCAUCUUCCAGGCAUGACCGGUGUUGCAUUGGAGGCAGCAGAUGUGCUAAAUGGGAUAGAGCAGAUGAUCCCCUCAUUUCAGGGAGUCAAAUACAGUGGGACUGACCUGAGGGAUCUUGGACAGUGUGUCUGUUACAGUCAAGCCCAUAACUGGUCUGUCUUGUACGGGGUAGAUGAGCAACUCUUGGGAGCUUUGGUACUAGGUGUUCAUGGAGCAGUAGGAAGCACAUAUAACUACCUCGGAUGCAUAGUGAACCAGAUGCUUUCUGGUUUUGAUAAUGGCAACCACAUGCAGACCAGAGCCCUGCAGUUUGAAUUUAUGGAGGUCAUCACAUUUGCUAAGAACCUUGGGUUUGAUGUGGCCGUGAAUAAGCAGGUGAUGAGUGAAGUGUCAGGGUUAGUGCUGGGUCCUCCCCGACUCCCGCUGCUGCCGUGCCCUGUCUCAAAGGCCCAGGCUAUAGCACAGAAAAUCAAGGACUUCUCUCAGAGACAUUAAAAUAAAAGUAGAAAUUUCAGUGAGCCUGCAUGAAAUUGCAAAAAAAGGUUUGUUUUAUCAAGCUGUAAACUGUUCCAUAUUUCUUUACACUACAGUAUGUUCAUGUACUGUAUCUUUUAUAUUUGCAUGCUUUUUACAUUUCAUACUUUAUACUUGGAUUGCCUUUUUUAUUGUUUUGUUGGUUGUAAACGCACAUAUAGUCUUUAGCAUUUACUUUAUAUAAUUAAUAACAUUACAAUGUAGUUAGAAAUUUUAAUGAACUUACUUGAAUUACCCUAAAGAGUUUAUGAAUAGUCCUCAGCGUUACUGAUUUCUUUACACCAUUGAUGUACUGCACCUUGUAUACCUCAAUGCGUAUUUUGUAUGGUUUUUUGUUUUGUUUUGUUUUUGUAACAUUUUCUUUCUGUUUUAUUAUACAUAUUCUUUAAUACUGUCUUAAUUUUGGCUGGUGCUGAUGUAACUGUUAAUGGACCACAUUUUUUAUCUUGGAGUUUCUUAUGUUUGCAGUUUCCACAUACAAAAAGGGACAUUUUUGUAUCUUUAAAUUCUCUUGAGUAAAGAUUAUUAUUCAUUAUUGAA